AGCCACCCUGUACAUAGACUACCCAGUUCCCUACUACCUGUUCAUACAUUACUUGCACAACAAACACCACAACGUAUUCACACACCACUUUGCACAAACAAAACACACAAUCUUCUCUCUUUAUUUUUCCUUUUUUUUUUUUUUCUCUAUUUGCUGCAAAAAUUUCAGGGAGCCGAGUCAGGGUCGAACCUCUCUUCAUUCAUGGCGUAUUGAGUAAACAGAACAAAAGAAAGGAAAAGAAAAGAAGGAGAAAGGGUGUGGAUGUGAUGUCAUCGAGAUUUGCGCUGCAGAGAGAGAAAGGGAGGAUCUCCAGCAGAUCAGGUUGAUUUAAAAGCAAAGGCGGCGAGAAUUUAUUGAUAUGAUAUUUGAUAAAGAGCAUUAACCUCGCCUCCUCCCUACAUUUCCAUUUUUUCUCUCUCUCCAAACAGUCCGUUUACUCUCUCCCUGACGCCAUCUUUUCUCAUCUCCCUUUGUUUAGUCUCUGUUGCGAUUUUCCUGUAGGGGAUGAUUUACUCCUUGUAGCUGUACGUACUCUCUCUCUCUCUCUCUCUCUCUCUCUCUCUCUCUCUCUCUCUUUCUCAUUCGUUUCCACCCUACAUGUUUCUUCUUUCUUAAUUUUAUUUCUGAAAGAAAAGGAAAUUGCUAAUUGGUCUUGUAUAUCUAAAGAGAGCGUCAUCAGUGUCAUCAUAAUGGCUGGAAAUGAAAUGGGAGCAGCGUGAAAUUCGAGGAGCUGGUUCAUGGGGGAAGAGGCAUGGCAUGGGAAGGCGGGGGUUGGUUGUCGUCUCAGUCCAAUCACCAAUAUUCAUAAAUGUAGCGUGUUCUAGAGAGAUCGAAAGGGGAGAACAGUAACUUCUCCGUAAAAAAGGUGAAAUCACCCUGUUCUUUGGUCUCGGUUUGUGAGAGGGAGAUAGCCUUGGACUCUUGGGUAUUUUGUCCUUUGUGUGGUGUUUGGUGUUAACGGGCUGCUUCAGAGGAAACAGAGCUCUGCUUCGUGUACACGCCUGAAGGUUCGUCUUGUUUUUUCUUGGGUAUUUUACUCUGGGGGUAUUUUGGGAAAGAGAAAGAUGAAGUUUAUGAAGCUAGGUUCGAAACCUGAUACGUUUCAAGCAGAUGGCAAAUGCACCAGGUUUGUGACUUCUGAACUGGCAACAGAUAUCACCAUAAAUGUUGGUGAAGUGAAAUUUUACCUUCAUAAGUUUCCUCUUUUGUCUAAGAGCAAUCGGUUGCAAAAACUAGUUAUGAAGGCCAAUGAAGAGAAUUCUGAUGAAAUUAAUAUGGCUGAUUUUCCUGGAGGACCGAAAGCAUUUGAGAUUUGUGCAAAAUUCUGUUAUGGGAUGAUUGUUACGCUUAAUGCUUACAAUGUUGUGGCUGCUCGUUGUGCUGCUGAGUAUCUUGAGAUGACUGAAGAGGUUGAUCGGGGGAACUUGAUUUUUAAGAUUGAGGUGUUCCUCAAUUCAAGUAUCUUUCGCAGUUGGAAAGAUUCCAUUAUUGUUCUACAGACUACCAAGUCUCUUUUACCAUGGUCUGAAGAUUUGAAGAUUAUUGGAAGAUGUAUAGAUUCCAUUGCAUCGAAAACCUCUGUGGAUCCGGCAAACAUCACUUGGUCCUACACAUAUAAUCGGAAAUUAUCUGUGCCUGAUAAAAUAAUUGAGGAUGGGGUUAAGUUCCAAGAGAAAAACGAACCUGUUCCAAAAGAUUGGUGGGUUGAAGAUAUAUGUGAACUUGAUGUUGAUCUGUACAAGCGGGUUAUGAUUGCUGUCAAGUCAAAAGGAAGAAUGGAUGGAAUCGCGAUCGGGGAAGCACUGAAAACUUAUGCAGUUAGAUGGUUGCCAGAUUCUGUAGAUGCUGUGAUUUCUGACACUCAUGCCAAGAGGACCAAAUAUCUAGUAGAAACAAUUGUUUGUUUACUUCCUUCAGAUAAGUUUGUGGGUUGUUCGUGUAGUUUCUUACUGAAAUUGUUGAAAGUUACCAUUUUGGUUGGAGUAGAUGACUUUGCACGGGAAGAUUUGAUGAAGAGGAUUAGCUUGAAGUUGCACGAGGCUUCUGUUAGGGAUCUAUUACUUCCAGCACGCCCUCCUCAGACCACUUUAUAUGACAUUGAAAUGGUGCGAUGCAUUUUGGAACAAUAUAUGAUGCAAGAAAAAUAUAAUCGCGCCUCAGAUGACAAAAGCGAGAGGGGAAUCGAUGAUUUUGUUUUAGGGCAUGGAUCAUUGUUGGCCAUUGGAAAAUUAAUCGAUGGGUAUCUUACACAGAUUGCACAUGACCCUAAUCUUACCCUCUCAAGUUUCAUUGACGUGUCUCAGUUAAUUCCAGAGUCUGCAAGGCCAAUUCAUGAUGGUCUGUACAAGGCCAUUGACACCUACUUGAAGGAGCAUCCUAGCAUGACAAAAGCUGAACGGAAAAAGAUAUGUGCAAUGAUGGAUGUCAAAAAACUAACGACAGAAGCCUCAAUGCAUGCCGCACAGAAUGAACGGCUCCCACUGCGAGUUGUGGUACAAGUUCUCUUCUUUGAACAGAUUAGAGCAAAUGCUGGGGUUCAGGCCCAUCAUAACAAUCACCAUGGCAUGUCAAACUCAACAACGAACACUGACGAAGAGUGGGAAAAGAGUGUAUUGCAAACUUGCAAGUCAACGAAGAAACAUAUGGGAGAAACAAAGAUUAAAGAUGAAGAGCCGGGGAAAAAUGGGAAACUAGCCAAGAAGAACAGUAAGAACAGCAGAAGUGGUGUACAGUUGCUGCCAUCUCGCUCGAGAAGAAUAUUUGAUAAGUUGUGGGUUGUAGGCAAAGGGCAUGGAGAGAGCAAGAGCUCAGAGACGUCAGGAAGUUCACAGAGUCCAACCUCUUUUGCUCCCGGGGAUACCAAGUCUUCUGGUUCGUCUUCCAGACAUAGGAGGCACUCCAUAUCGUAGAGAGCGAUUGUGGAGGUCUGGGUUAGGACUCAGUGGUUAAAAAGCAGAGCAGCAGAUCCAACUGUUGAAAGUGUAAAAAGAGGUAGGAUUUUGUUGUAGCUGGUGACGAGAGUAAUUUUUGCGCCUCUGCUUUAAGGUUUUAUAUCUUUCUUUAGUAAGGAAUUCUGAUGAUGCAGGAAAAUGUAAUCAAUUUUAGUCUUUCCUUUAAUCAAAUCCCAAUUGUAA